UUUAUCUUCUUCCUCUAAACUCUGUCACCAUCGUUAAUCAAUCACCAUCGAAUCCUUGUUCUCCGAGGUGGUUCUUCUUCCCACCUUCUAGACUCCGAUUCACCGUCUCAAUAUCAUAGAGUAAAGAGGGAGGAGAACAUCAAACCCUAGAUCGUGAGCUUACCUCUGCUCGUCUUCCUCUGUUUUGUCUCUCUACUCAGGUCUGGAAAAAGAGCCCUUUUUCUGUCCUGAUUGAUUAAGGAGUAGCUAUGGCUAACUAUCUAGCUCUGAUUUCUUCUCUUCAAAGGAAUAAGAGAAGAGGAAAAGUCGGAAGAAAAAGACGAAGAGUAGACGUUUUGGUAGUGCCGGAGGAGAUUCCUUUGGAACUCCAGAUCGAGAUCAUGGCUCGAUUGCCUGCUAAAUCGCUUAUGAGGUUCAAGUGCCUCUCAAAGCUGUGGUCUUGUCUGAUCCGUUCCGGAUUUUUCAGCAAUCUUUAUCUUACUGUCACAUCCCGACCGCGACAACCUCGUAUAUACACGAGUUUGGUAUACACGAGUUCUGCGGACCACGCCGAGUGUGAUUCAAUGGAGGAGGUCUGCCACAACCCCGGAAAGUCUGCACUGCUAUCAUUAUCGUCAUCAUCGUCUAGUAAUAGUGCUGAGUCUUUAAACACAGAUUUGACCAUGGAAGAGUUGGGAGGACACAACAUGUUGGUUCUUCGCGGCUUGAUUUUAUACAUUGUUUGUAGAAAGGCGUUUAUCUAUAAUCCGGCCACCAGACAAAGCGUAACCUUACCGGCCAUCAAAUCCAACAUCUUUGCUCAAGAAGAUUAUUGGAAUACUGUCGACUACUUUCUUGGACAUGAUCCUGUUCUUGAUCAAUACAAAGUUGUCUGCAAUGUUGUGAGAUGGUCGGAAAGUUUAGAGAGUUUAACCUCGGAGCAUUGGGUCUUCGUUCUGGAGGCCGGAGGUUCCUGGAAAAAAAUUGAGUUUGAUCAACCUAACCUUCCUACAAGACCAGGACUGUGCAUCAAUGGAGUUAUAUAUUAUAUAGCUCUCAAUCGUGUGUAUCGCGAUAUCGUUAUCAGUUUUGACGUGAGGUCUGAAGAGUUCAAUAUGAUCCAAGCACCUCUUGUGGGAGAGUCUAUGGGGUUUAUAGAGUAUGGUGGAAAGCCAACAAUUUUUGGCUAUACACAUCUAAAAAAUGGUAUGGUGGACUUAUGGGUCCUGGAAGAUGGCGGAAAAUGGUCCAAGAAGUCUCUGGUUUUGCAGGCUUCUCAGUUGCAGUUAGUCAAUGCAGGCAUCAUCGAUCUGGACCAUUUGGUCGUGCAAUGUACAAGUCAAAACGGCGAGAUUAUCUUGGCACCGAGACCGAUGCCUUCCUCUUGUUACGUUCUCUAUUAUGAUCCGCAAAAGAAUGAUCUGCGAAAGGUUAAUGUCAGUGGAAUAUGGGAUUUCGACGGGGUUGGUAUGGUGUACAUUUAUUUCAGGCAUAUGGAUAAGAGUGAAAGCAUCGUUCACUUGGAAACUUGAAUGCCCAUUACUUCUUCUUGUUGUUUUGUUUUCAUAAUCUAAUUGUUUUUUGCCUUUAAUUUAUACAUACAAUGGAACUAUUUAAUUUGUAAUUUUUAAAUUUUACUUAUAUGUGUUGCAA